AUGGAGGUCGAGAGAGACCAGCACAAGCCUCCGUUGUCUCUACAAAACAACAAAAUCCCAUCAUCACAAAACUUCCCAGUCGUCGACCUAAGCAACACCAAUGGGGAGCUCGUGGCGCGUAAAGUGGCAAAGGCGAGCGAAGAGUGGGGAAUUUUUCAGGUAGUUAACCACGGGAUCCCAACCGAACUAAUCCGGAGGUUGCACAAGGUGGAUACACAGUUCUUUGAGCUCCCAGAGUCCAAGAAAGAAGCCGUGGCCAAACCAGCGAACUCCAAAGAGAUACAAGGAUAUGAGAUGGAUGAUGUACAAGGUAGAAGGAGUCAUAUCUUCCAUAAUCUAUAUCCAUCAUCGUCAGUCAAUUAUGCAUUCUGGCCUAAGAAUCCUCCUGAAUACAGAGAGGUGACUGAGGAGUUUGCAAAGCAUGCAAAGCAGCUAGCGGAAGAGAUCCUCGGUUUGCUAUCCGAAGGUGCUGGUUAUCUUAUGAAGAUCAACUAUUACCGGCCGUGUCCAGAGCCAGAUUGGGUCAUGGGAAUAAAAGCCCACACUGAUUUCAAUGGACUCACACUUCUCAUUCCCAAUGAAAUUUUCGGACUUCAAGUGUUCAAGGAAGACCGCUGGCUCGAUGUAGAUUAUAUAUAUCCCGCGGUUAUUAUCAUCAUCGGAGAUCAGAUCAUGAAGAUGAGCAACGGAAGGUACAACAAUGUGUUGCAUAGAGCCUUGAUGGAUAAAAAGAAAACGAGGAUGUCGUCGGUGGUUCAUAUCAAGCCUCCUUAUGAUAUGGUUGUGAGCCAUUUCCCGAACUCACCAGCGGCGAUAAUCCUCCCAAGUUCGAGCCUUUAACUUACCAGGAUUACAUAGACAUUGAAGUCCCCAAGCUUUCUCGACUGAUCAAGAAUUGACUUCUUUGUCGUUGUAUGUAUGUUGUUUGUUGUUGCUCUGUUUCAUUUGGCCGUUUGGCAUUGUUGUAACCGGUUUCUAUUAAUUGAAGUUCAAACAAAAAAAAUUUGAC